AUGGAAGGACUCAGGGAAUCGACCCAUAGGGAAUCUCCGCCAAGGGCUGACGAAUGGAGUGAAGUCUUGAUGGCCUUCAACACGGCUCCGGCAGAUCCUCUCGCGAAAUACAGGAGAACUACGCGAAAAUCUCCCGUGGAAGCACCUCAGGCCCUGCAGGACAACGCUGGAUUGCAAGGACUGCUUUUACCAGGGCCAAACAUUGCAAUUCCAGCGCAAUUGAACACAGCAGCAACCAUUUCUCCUGCAGUCCACGUGUCGCUGAAGGACGGAGCAAGUUAG